AUGCAUCAUCCCUCUCCAUGGUUCAUUGUUUCUUACUCACGUCUUUACAGAGAAGAUUCAAGAAUUCCGUCCGAUCGUUCCCGCCUCGCUAAACGCCUGGGCCUUGGCCGCACCCCCUUCGCCAAAAUGGGGCACUGCACCUCCAAGGACCAGAAGGAUCAGAAGCGGCUGAAUCGUCGCAUCGACGAGCAGAUCCGAAAGGACCAGUCCAUGCAAUUGAGGGUCAUCAAAUUACUUUUACUAGGUGCGGGCGAAAGCGGGAAGAGCACCAUUCUCAAACAAAUGAGGUAAUCAGACGAUGACGAGUAGUUGUGUUCUCAAAUGAACUUGUAAUUUCAUCUUGCGUCAACAUUAUAAUUGUUAUUUUUCUCCGAUUCUUUCAGGAUUCUACACAAAGAUGGCUUUUCAAAACAAGAUCUUGAACUUAUUAAACCAGUUGUGUACAGCAACUGUAUUCACAGCAUGCUAGCGAUCCUUCGUGCCAUGUUUCAUUUACAAAUUGAAUACGAUGAUCAGGAAAGAGUGGUAAGCCUUCCCAACUUGUGAAUAAUGUUUUGAUGUUCAGAAAGACAGCCAAUUGGUAUUUGCAACAGUCCAUGCCAAUAAGGAAGAGUUGACGGAAGAGCUUUCAGCGGCAAUGGAACGGUUGUGGAAAGACGAGGGCGUGCAGGAGUGUUAUCGCCGUUCCAAUGAAUACCAGAUUGACGACUCCGCCAAAUAGUAGGCCCUAUAAUCAAAUCAUAUUCCCGUCUUUGCAGCUUCCUUGAUAAUUUGCCCCGACUCAGCCAACCAGAUUAUAUCCCCAAUGAACAAGACUUGUUGCGGACUCGGAUAAAAACGACAGGCAUCACCGAAGUCCUUUUUGAGUUAAAGGGACUCACCUUCCGAGUCAUCGAUGUUGGCGGUCAGCGAUCGGAACGAAAGAAAUGGAUUCAUUGUUUUGAUAAUGUGAAUGCAAUCAUUUUCAUCUCUUCCUUGUCAGAGUAUGAUCAGACUCUCAGGGAGGACAACUGUACGGUACGUAAGAAGCAGGUUUUUAUUCGGAGACGUGUCAAAAGCACUUGUUUUCUUUUGCCUGCGGGCCUUGCGUAAUGACCUCGCACGGACAUUACUCAAGUCAAAGAACGAUGAUCCAAGAUAAAAUCUGUACUUUUUCAGAAUCGGAUGCAAGAAUCGCUGAAGCUGUUUGACUCCAUUUGCAACUCUCCGUGGUUCGCAGAAAUACAUUUUAUCCUAUUCUUAAACAAAAAGGACUUGUUUGCUGAUAAAAUUCCGCGAAGUCCAUUGACUGUCUGUUUCCCUGAAUAUAAAGGUAAUCAUAACAUCAAUUCACAGGCACAAAAUUUCAGGCCAACAAAGCCAAACAGAAUGCAUAAAUUACAUCCAGUGGAAGUUCGAGCAACUAAACCGAUCUAAUCAAAGAGAAAUCUAUUGUCAUCACACUUGUGCAACCGACACAAACAACGUCCAAUUCGUGUUAGACGCGAGCUGUGACAUGAUCAUUGCUAAGAACUUGAAGUCCAUGGGGCUAUGUUAA